CCAGCUGGAGAGGCCUCUGAUUUCAACAGAGACCUGGGAAGCCAGAUGCAGGAGUUCACCCUCACGGUGCCCUUCCUGUCUGACGUGGAUGCCGAGGUGGCACUCAGGUUCCUCAUGCCAGGUGCUGAACUCUACUGUGGGAAAGUUCUUUGGGAGCUCUCAGUGACUGGCAGGGACCUGUUUAUCCGAUUGACUGCUGAAGACUCUGAGCUCCUGCAAAUUUCCACUUACUCCUUGCUCAUCCAGCUCCUCAUAGUGGUGCAGAUCAUGCAGAACAUUGUGCCCCCUGCUUUUGCUAACUUUGAGCCCAAAAGAGGAGACUGAAGCUACAAAGUUGUCUCCACCUAGGUGGUACAUGCUUCCC